AUGUCGUGCUCCGACUUCGUCAAAAUCAAGCCCGCAACCACCACGUCAUCUCUUCCAGCGUUCCUCGUCCCCUUCCUCCAGAGCUACGCCCAAACGCUUCCCCAACGCCGAUAUGCCUCAAUUCUAACUUCCCUAUCGGAUCGGCCUGGCGCCUAUAACAAGAAGAUUCGCCGUGGACGGGGUCCCGCAUCUGGGAAAGGAGGCAAGUCCGGUCGCGGGUCUGAUGGGCAGAAACAGCAUGGCAAAGUCCCCGCUGGGUUCAAUGGUGGUCAGACACCCGAACACAUCGUACACGGAAAAUAUGGGUUCAAGAAUCUCUUUGCCAACGAAAUGUCCCCUAUCAAUCUGGACAAAAUCCAAUCCUGGAUCGACCAAGGCCGCCUUGACUCUUCCCGGCCGAUCACUCUCAAGGAACUCUGCUCCUCGCGCGUUCUGGGUCGCAUUAAAGAUGGCGUGAAACUGCUCGGAAACGGAGCCUCGGAGCUCAAAACACCCAUCCAUAUUGUAGUCUCAAGGGCAUCGCAAUCUGCCAUCGCCGCAGUCGAAGCUCUGGGCGGAACAGUGACGACACGCUUCUACACCGCGCAAUCGAUACGCCGCAUUAAGAACAGCCAAACACAUCCCUUUCUCUCUCUGCGCUGGGAUCCUUUAGCCCUCAAAAAUCCCAAUUUAACCGUGGAAGGGUCCGAGCUGGCUGAAAACCGUGCCAGGGGCAUGGGCUUCCCCUACAGACUGCCGGACCCCAGCUCACGGAAAGAGCUAGAGUAUUAUAGGGACGCGAAGCAUCGUGGCUAUCUGAGCCAUAUCGUCAAGGAGGGCGAGAGUGCCAGUCUGUACUUCAAGCCACCCAUCAGCGAAGAGGAGCUGAAAGCCCUGAAAAGAGAGAGUGCACGGGGUGGUAGGGCCGCGAAAAGGAAGGAGGGAGAUAAACUGUGGUAA